GUCCUGGUGCUCUGUGGUGCAGCCUAUCGACCCACGGAGGAGAUCGACCUGCGCAGCAUCGGGUGGGGGAACAUCUUCCAGCUGCCCUUCAAGCACAUGAGGGACUAUCGCCUGCGCCACCUCUUCCCCAUCUUCAUCUACAGCGGCUUCGAGGUGCUCUUUGUCUGCACCGGCUUCUCCCUGAACUAUGGCGUGUGUGCCCUGGGGCUGGAGAAGUUGGCCUAUCUCCUCAUGGCCUACGGGUUGUCCGCCUCAGCCUCCUCCAGCCUGGCCCUGUGCAUGCUGCGCCUGCAGCGGCACAUCCCACUGCUGGCUGGAGCCUUCAUCCACGCUGCCCUCCUGGUGACACUGUUCUGCUGGGCACCAGAGCCCCGGCUGGUGGUCCAGGCUCCUCUGCUCUACAGCAUCGCUGCGCUCUGGGGCAUGGGGAGCGCCCUCAACAAGACCAGCAUCAGCAUCCUCCUGGGCAUGUUGUACAAGAACAAGGAGCGCCAAGACUUCAUCUUCACCAUCUACCACUGGUGGCAAGCCCUGGCCAUCUUCACCGUCUACCUGUGGUCAGGGUUGCCCAUGAAGGCCAAGCUCUCCAUCCUGCUGGUGACACUGGUGGUGGCGGUGGGGACGUACCUG